GUCUUCCGGGUGUUUCCGACAGGGCUUUCUACGCCGCUUUUUUCCGGCUACCUUUUGGUCUUCCGUCUCUUGCCACCGCCCCGGAGCUCCCUCACCCUUGCUGGCCCUGCCUUUUCUUGUGUCGCUCCUCCCCGGCCGCCGAGCCCGGGAAUUACAUCGCAAUCCGGAGCCAGAGCCGGGCCUACCCAUUCUGCGCGGGCACUACCUCCUUUGGCUCGGGAGAAAGCUAGGACCGAGCGCGCCGGGCCGUUCCUGCUCCGGCUCUGGAGCUCCUGGGCUGGCGGUGCCGGUAGAUCCUCCUGCUUAGCCUUCCCCGAGGACACUUUGUAGGACCAAACGAGGAAGACUGUCUUGGGACCCUGCAUGGGGUUUCAAAGGGUGGUGAAGAACUAAGGUAGAAGAAUACAUGUUUACUCUUAGUGAACAAGAGCAUGUUCCCAAACUCAAUUUUGGGUCGCCCGCCUUUCACUCCAAACCAUCAGCAACAUAAUAACUUCUUCACCGUGUCACCAAGUCUUUAUUCACACCAGCAGCUUAUAGAUGCACAGUUCAACUUUCAGAAUACAGACUUGUCUAGAGCUGUAUCAUUACAGCAGUUGACAUAUGGAAAUGUCAGUCCAAUACAGACCUCAACUUCCCCAUUAUUUCGAGGAAGGAAGAGAUUAAGCGAUGAAAAGAAUCUUCCUCUUGAUGGUAAACGACAACGUUUCCAUUCACCUCACCAAGAGCCAACUAUAGUUAACCACAUAGUGCCUUUAUCAGGUGAAAGAAGAUACUCAAUGCCGCCAUUGUUUCAUACACACUAUGUACCAGAUAUAGUCAGAGGUGUUCCACCUUUUCGAGAAAUACCAUUUUUAGAACCUAGAGAAAUCACACUGCCUGAGGCCAAAGAUAAGUUGAGUCAGCAGAUACUGGAGUUAUUUGAAGCAUGUCAGCAGCAAGUAAGUGAUUUAAAGAAGAAAGAACUCUGUCGAACAGAGCUGCAGAGAGAAAUUCAGCUGAUAUUUCCACAAAGCAGACUUUUUUUAGUUGGGUCCUCUUUAAAUGGAUUUGGUACUCGGAGCAGUGAUGGUGAUUUAUGUCUAGUUGUUAAAGAGGAACCAUGUUUUUUUCAGGUAAAUCAGAAGACUGAAGCACGGCAUAUCCUCACCUUAGUCCAUAAACACUUCUGUACUAGACUUUCUGGUUACAUUGAGAGACCUCAGCUGAUUCGAGCAAAAGUGCCAAUUGUGAAGUUCAGGGAUAAAGUCAGUUGUGUGGAGUUCGACUUGAAUGUAAACAAUAUUGUUGGAAUAAGAAACACAUUCCUUCUCAGAACGUAUGCAUACCUUGAAAAUCGAGUUCGUCCGUUAGUACUGGUGAUUAAGAAGUGGGCGAGUCACCAUGAGAUAAAUGAUGCCAGUCGUGGUACUUUAAGCAGCUAUAGUCUUGUAUUGAUGGUUUUGCACUAUUUACAAACCCUACCUGAACCCAUCCUUCCAUCCAUCCAAAAAAUUUACCCAGAAUCUUUUAGUCCUGCUAUACAGCUGCACCUUGUACAUCAAGCUCCAUGUAAUGUUCCUCCUUACCUCUCAAAGAAUGAAUCAAAUCUUGGGGACCUCUUACUGGGCUUUCUUAAAUAUUAUGCUACAGAAUUUGACUGGAACAGUCAAAUGAUUUCAGUUCGUGAAGCCAAAGCCAUUCCCAGGCCUGAUGGUAUUGAGUGGAGAAAUAAAUACAUCUGUGUAGAAGUCAUGGCACAGAUUGAAAAACAAACGAGAUUUGAACAGUAUACUACCGUUAAGAACUGCUAUCCUGAAAAGAUAACUGGCCUCUAUUUCUUAAUAAAGAACAGUAGUAACAUCAUAAUGCAUUUUGUUUACCUUCAUCAUGGUUUCUUUUUAAUUGUUCUUCUUGUUUUCAUGUUUUAUUCUUAAGAGGACAUACUUAUAUAUGCAUAUUUUAUUAUGACAUUUCCUAAUAAAACCCUUUGAUUUAAAGAUGUAUUUUUGAAAAUGUUUACAUUGAUGAUUAGUAAUAUUAUGGCAUGAAUUUUCAGGAGAUCAAAUAAAAUAUUUUUUUGGGAAUUAUCAAAUAAAAGUUUUUUGCUAUAACUGUAAUUAAUUGUACCACAUGCUAAUACUGAAGAGAUGUGUGAACUUUUUUGGAAAGGGUCUGAUUUAUACAUACUUAAAGUAUCACCGUCAGUAGAUGGUUUGUUGCCUGAGUCUGUUCUAGUGAAGUGAAGAUUCGAGUCAGUUAUUCAGUUACUUGAAGCAAAAUGAAAUCUUUUAUUUCAGUGAAAUCACUGCAGAGGCAUGAAAUACUGGACAAUUGCCUUAAGUCCUCACUUGACUCAUCAGGAUAGACUGAGGCUUUGUGUCGAUAUUAGCAUUUCAUUAGUACCUCACAUGCUUUUGGUGUACUCGCGAUUGCUUUAAAUUUUGUGUUGAAACAACUACAUUUUGCACUGUAGUAAUAUGAGCACUAACUCUGUAUUGUACAGCAGUUAGGGAAUUGUUUUGAAGAAUCAGUUCAGUGUAGACAUUUUGAAAAGAUUAAGUCCUCUGUGCUUUAUGAUAGCUUAGUGCAAUUUGCACCUUUGCUUUACUUCCCGUUUUCCUGCUUUUAUUUUUCCUGUGACA